AGAGACAUGAGUCCCAGCCCAGCAGCGCUCAGCUCCGCUCAGCAGCAGAUGACUGCGUCCGUGCCUCCUGCCACCGGGGCUCCGCUGGAGCAGCACCAAAUGCUGAUCCUCUCCGUCGGAAAGUUUUUUUAUUGCACACGCAGGCAGAGUUAAUUUUUAAUUCAAGCAGCUUUCGUCAAAGGAGUGUUUCAUGGCUCGAUGUUGAUAUAUACGACCCCCCCCAAAACCAAUCGAAUCCGAGAAGCAAGGAAAUAGCAGCCUGGCUCACCUUCACACAGAGCGGUCACAGACACAGAUUCACAGAUUCCCUGGUGUGGGAAGCUGCAUCACAUCCAUCCAAAAUCAAGUCUCUCUCUGCAUGAAGCCUCACCGUGACUCUGACUGAGUUUGAGUGCAGCUGUUCUAAAACUGCCAUGUCAUCAAAAACCCAGAGCUCCAGUAGCAUGGCCCAAGCCAGACGAACGGUGCAGCAGCUGAGGAUAGAGGCCAGCAUCGAGAGGGUAAAGGUGUCCAAGGCUUCGUCCGAUCUAAUGCGCUACUGUGGGGAACAUGCGAAGAACGACCCGCUGCUGAUGGGCAUUCCCGCUUCAGAAAACCCUUUCAAGGACAAGAAGCCUUGUACUGUUUUGUAAGAAUAACACUUUAACGUUUACUGCUUUUCAUUUUGAUUCUUUUUGUGGGAAACAGCGCGUAAUACUGUUCACAACUCGCCUUAAGGCCAGUGUGUCCCCUUGCUCCCGUAGUUACAUUCCACUCAGUUCUCGCACUGUUGUUACACCAAAGAACAGGCAGAUGUCUGAAACUAUGGCCUCAGACUUCACAUGCAGCUCUAACGCAGAUCAGUGAGAGCUCUCAUGCUCAACAGUGGCUUCUGUUCCUUUUUGACCUUGGUCUGAGAGGAGCCACUCUAAUUAUCUCAGCGUGCAUAAACACUGUUUAACCAUCUGUUUAAUCAGAUCUUUUGAAGUUUCACUGCUGUCUUUCAUCAGGCUAACGUCAGGAAACGUUUGGAGCAGUUUGCUCGCUGCUGAUAAUGAGCAUCCAACAUAAUGGUAUCCUGUCCAUCCCACUCCACCACUGCUGCUCUUGCUCAUAUUUUUUCCUUUAUUGCAGAUAGAAAUAAUAAACUUUAAGUGUCAGACUCAACCCGAGCAUGUGCAAAUUGAACAAUCAAAUUAUGCAUAAGUAUUCUUUAAAGGUUUUCCUUAAGAGCUUAUUCCCUCCAAGCCAACUGUGCCACCUAAUUCUACCUGCUGUUGGUAAAGACAUGACCCACCUAACGCUUUUGCUCUCUAAACAAAAAAUACAGGAUUUUUUUGUUUUGUUUUGUUUUAUUUCCCUAGUUGUUUCUUGCUUUGUGCAGAGCUGAUUCCUCUUCCUGACUUUGAAAAUCUGUAAACACCAGAUGACUGUUAUAUUCUGGGAUUGAAACAUUCCAUUUUUACACUCACUCUAAAACCUCUUUCAAUUUUUCUACUCGUUAGUUUGCUUGUGGGUGCGACUAAUUCUGCUAUUUUACCAGCCAGGGCCUUAAUGAUGAAGUAACCUGCCUUAACCUACUGAACUGACUACCUUCUGGUCAUGUGCUGUCAUCUAGGCUCAUACUGUGAAAAACAAAGAUCCUUGAGGUGAAGGGAGGAUAUGCUUCUGUAUCCCUGUGUAUGAUGUCAUAUUUCUAAAUGUCCAGUAAGCAGUUGCUUUAAGAUAUCUGUCAUGUACAUACAUGUGGUGUGGUGUGUAUGUCUUUGAACCACUGUAUCUGCUUGCUUGUGACUGUUUAAUGUACUCCACAAGACAGUGUAUCAUUCAAUAAAACCUCAAGUCUGAUUUUCAGUUUUGCAAAUGAAUAAAAAACUGAACUUGUG